AUGGUUGUGGGUGAAGGUUCAAAUGCUCCGGUAAAAGAAACGAAUCCUGGUUCUGGUGAUGCGAAGAAAAAUAACGUGGCAAAGGCCCUUUUGUUUCAAUCGAUACCGGAGGAAAAAAUUUUACAAAUCGGUAAUUUGAAGCCAGCAAAGGAGAUGUGGGAAGACAUCCAGUCAAGAAAUCUCGGUGCGGAACGUGUGAAAGAAGCAAGACUUCAAACCUUAAUAACUGAAUUUGAUGGUUUGAAGAUGAGGGAUACUGGAACGAUUGAUGAGUAUGCCUCAAAGUUGUCGUCUAUUGCUUCUAAGGCGGCCACACUAGGAGAAACGAUUGAAGAACGAAAAAUGGUCAAGAAAGUCCUUACUAGUCUGCCAAGGCGUUUUAUUCACAUUGUGGCCUCGCUUGAACAAGUUUUGGACUUGAAAACGGUCGGGUAUGAAGAUGUGGUUGGUAGACUAAAAGCUUAUGAAGAGAGGAUCCAAGAAGAAGAUAACACACACGACAAUUCGGGUAAGUUAAUGUUUUCUAAAUCUGAAUCUUCUUCUAGCCGUGGACGUGAUUCUAGUAGGGGUCGAGGUCGAGGAUCUCACUCAUCGCGAGGGCGUGGCCGUGGUCAGGAUAACACCCAAAACUGUGGUAAAAAAGAAGAAUAUAAGACCGAGACAACGGAAAGCAAAAGGAUAAAAAGCGUGAUUUAUCAGGAACAAAGUGUUACCGAUGUGACAAAUAUGGACACUUUGUUUCAACAUGUCUAG